AUGGUUCAUAUUGAAAUGCAAGAAAAUCUCUCCAAUGUCGGCACGGCUUCGGAGCCAGUGAUCAAUGGCACUGUCGGUAUGAAGUUUCUUCACAUUCUUUUCAUGAAACGGCAUCGAGCAGGGGAACGAAGCCAUGUAGACUCAUCUCGAAAAUCUAUUUAUUCCAGGAUCCUGAUUCGGAAGAAACGAGCGGAAACCGGUCAUACCUGGGACGAGUCGACGACUUCUCAGGAGUCCGACGGAGCUCCUUGGCGUAUUGAGAAUAUUCUGAUAGAUGGGGCGCCAAGGGGAGCAGACUGGUGGCAAGAUACCGUCCAUAGGCGAGGUUCCGCUGAGGUCGAGGCGCAAGCACAGCAGAACGACGAAGGUGGUAGCACACAAGCGGAAGAAAUCAAUAUCAAAACGCCUUUCGAAGAAAGCCAUGGUGAAGAGCUCAAAAGUUUUCGAAAUUGCGGAUUGGAAACGUGGGUGCAAGUCCAACAAGCGUGGCGACGACCGAGCGGCAUGGAAACGGGCAGAGCUCGAAUUCCGGUUCGAAAACUGAAACAAGAACUGGUCAAGCGGAUGUCCGAGUACCGCAAGUUUGACCUGCCGCACAGACUACCGUUGAAAGAUGUCAUUGAAGCAUACACAGAGACUUGGGAUGGAGAAUCUGACUAA